CCCAUUUUAGGGUUUAUGAUUAUGCAAUUUGAAUGAGGGUUUUUGCUGUGUUAUCUCUGAAUCAGCAACUUCCGGUGAGAUCUCCGGUUCAAAAGGAUUCGUUACAGUAAAAUAAUAGCAGAUUUGUGCAGGUCUAAGUUGUUGCCAAACUGAGCAAAAGGGUGUUCCUUUCGUUGCGCUUGAUUGAAGCUGAUAAUGUGUUCUUCAUUCUAAUUUAUCUCCUGAGUAGUUGUUUUGCUGGUACAUGAAACCAUGAAGUUUGUUACCCUUCUUAGGCCUAUUCGUACCCGUUACGCUCUCAGACAAGUAACUGGUCCGCUACAGGCUCGUUUUUUCCAGCAUGAUUUUGUUCCUAGAGAUCCCAAGGCCAACCCCAAAAAGUACAAAUAUCCUGCAUUUUAUGAUCCAUAUGGUCCUAGACCUCCAGCCUCCGAUAGAAUUGUUCAAUUAGCUGAAAGCAUUGCUGCCUUACCUCUCGAGGAGCGACGCCAGAUUGGCCCUACUCUCCAUAACAAGUUAAACCUUCCAAAACUGCAGACAAUUUCAACAGAAGGUAUGGACUUGAGUGGCCAAGGAAGCCCAGCUGCUGGAGCUGCAAAGGUUGAGGAGAAGAAGGAGAAAACAGCAUUUGAUGUGAAGUUGGAGAAAUUUGAUGCUGCUGCUAAAAUCAAGGUCAUUAAAGAGGUUAGAGCUUUUACUAAUUUGGGGUUGAAGGAGGCUAAAGACUUGGUCGAGAAGGUACCUGCGGUGCUUAAACAGGGGGUUACCAAAGAGGAAGCAAAUAGUAUAAUAGAGAAGAUCAAAGCUGCCGGGGGAGUUGCAGUUAUGGAGUAAUGUCCUGAGGUACUGAUUUUAACAUAUGUCUUAAAUUCUUUGGUAAAUCUGGAAGUCGAGAAAUGCUAUAGUUUUUGAGAACAAAUAUGAAAAUAUUAACCAAGUCCUGCAACGGUGUAUGAUUCUUCUUGGGAGCUUCGGUCUUGGCAAGACUCAUUUGAGUGGCCUGCGCAAUGAAAAUGUGGUGAAAUGGAAGUCUUCACCUGAAAACUUUUACAAAAUUAACACAGAUGCAGCUGGGGGCAAGGACUCAUGUUCAUUUGGUGUUGGUAUUUUUAUUAGAAAUUGGUUGGGGCAAGUCAUGGUCUCAGAGGGUAUGAGAACAGACCCAAGUAUAGAUGUUCAGAUGGCCGAAGCUAAGGGGAUUUUGCAGGGAAUCCAGCUCGCAAGGGACUGUGGCUUCUGUCACGUAAUUGUUUAAAGCGACUCCAAAUCCGCCAUUGAUCUGCUUAACAAAGAUGCGCCAAACUUAUCUCACAUUGGUAUCCUAUGUGAUGAUAUCAUUCAGAUUGCCUAGGAUUUUGUCUCUCUAAAUUUUAUUUUUGUUAAUAAGGAUGGUAACAAAGUAGCAGAUGCACUUGCAGAUUGGGACAAGGCUUACUUUGGGAUAAUGUGAUUCCGGAGGCUGUUCCAAAUCAAAUUUGGCCCUUCAUUAUUGAGGAUGUAUCCUCUUCUUUCAAGUAAUGAGAAUUGCUCCUUGUUUGAUAGCUGAGAUUAAAAGAAAUUGGUCCAACGACCAAGAAUGAAUAAUCCAAGAUGUACGUGUCGGUAUUUAUUAAGACAUGAGAUAAAGUGAUAGAAGUUCAAUACCAUUUAAUCCAAUAUAUACUUAUAUGUAUUUUUUCUGGUAUUUAUAUGUAUUUAUUGAUAUAUGAUAAAGCAAUAAAAUUGUAGUACAGUUUUAAUCAA